CACGUAAUACGUAAUUACGUUGAAAAAGGUCACGCUUGACGUAGGCGGAAGUACCGAGUCAGUGUUUACAAACGUGGAGAAGGAGGACCGUUCAAAAGUUGUUGAAUGUUCAAUGACACAUAUUCAAAUUUCUUUGUGUCAGUUUAUUGUUUAAAAUGGUAAUUUCGUGUGCGUAUCCUGGAUGUUUUAAUAUUAAAAAACCUAAAAGAAAAUUUUCGCCAGAAAAGAAAAUUUUGACUUUUCAUAGAUUUCCCAUACACAAUCCUGAGCGAUUGAAGCUGUGGUUGCUCGCGCUGCACUUGGAUAUCAACACACCCGAACAUACUCUGAUAUUUAAGAGAGUGUGCAGUGAUCAUUUUUUCGACCAUGAUUUCAAACCCUCCCAGCAAAGGAAAUCGCCGUUUUCUGAACGCGUCGGCUGUGCCCAAUACGUUUUUACAGCAAACAGAGGUAUGUAUAUUUUUUUUUACUAUAUUAGAUGCAUUAACGUUUUUUUCUCGUCAAUGUCAAAAGACAAUGACGCUGAGCUGGAGGAGGUCCAGGGAGCAGGAGUGUUUUUGGCUAAUGUUCCACAGUCAACACCAGCAAAGCAUCAGGACUCUGGUCCAGGAACUACCACGAGACAGUUUGCAGAUGCUAAGUCUAAACUUUGUUUAGUGCUCACAAGUCCUGAAAGUGUUGGAAAGAGGACAAAACCCUCAACAUCUGGGACAUAUUAUGCCCUCCCUGCAAUACACUCCCACCAGUCUCCUCCUGUGUAUAAUCAACCAGAACAGACAGAAGAGCAAUUUGAAGAAAGUUUGGAGCUUGAUGUUAGCAUGCUUUCCAUAGAUCCUCCAUCGGACAAGAAAGAUCUUAGUUUUCAGCCACUGAGUUCAACCUCAACGUCUGCCCCAAGCACAGAAGAUGAGGAAUGUGAAAUGCAUUGGAAACAGAUUAAAUGGAUUGUCAAUGAGCCCAAUGUCAUGGAGCUUUUCAAAAGAUGUCAAGAAUGUGGAUCAGUAAUAACAAAGACCAGAAAAGCAACUGUGGGAAGUGUUCUCCGUGUUCACUGGGAAUGUGAAAAAAACCACAAGGGAAAGUGGAGUUCAUGCACUGAUGUUAGGGGAAUGCCCGCUAAUAAUCUUCUUGUUUCUUUGUUAAUGAAGAAUAUCAAGAACAACAGAAAGCAGCAAUUAAUGACUUACAUUUGCAAACUGAACUCCGUAAUCCAGUUCAUUUGUCUGGAGAUGCCCUGA